AGAAUGGGAGAGAGAGAGUGAGAGGGAGUAGAAAGCGGCGGAGACACCAAGUGGCAGAGAAAGGAGAAGCGAAAAGCUUCGGGAAUCCGAAGUACUUCUUGACGGGAAGCUCUUCCGCGGUUCCCUCCCUGCCGUAACCGUCGCCGUUUCCCCUUCCACCUUCUCCGAGAGAGUGUUAGAACUAGAAACCGAUAUUAGAGAAAUAAGAAGCGGCGAACUACGGAAGAGGCGGGAAAUGGGGAGCUACAAGUGCUGCCUCUGCUUCACCCGGAAGUUCCGGUGGAGCGAGGCGGCGCCGCCGCCGGACGUGGUGGCGGCGUUCGCGGCUUAUGCCGAGGGCGGGGCCCACAUGGGGCCGGAGCAGCUCCGGCGGUUCCUCGCCGAGGCCCAGGGCGAGUCCGGCGCCACCCUCGCCGACGCCGAGCGGAUUAUCUACCAGGUCCGGCAGCUCCGCCACCGCCACCACCUUCUCGGCCGCCCGCUCCUCGCCCUCGACGACUUCCACCACUUCCUUUUCUCCGACGAGCUCAACCCGCCCAUCCAAUCCCAGGUUCACCAAGAUAUGACUGCUCCAUUAUCUCAUUAUCACAUUUACACAGGCCAUAAUUCAUACCUGACAGGAAACCAGCUCAGCAGUGAUUGCAGUGAUGUCCCAAUUAUCAAAGCACUGCAGAUGGGUGUGAGAGUAAUUGAGCUGGAUAUGUGGCCUAAUUCUGCAAAAGAUAAUGUUGAUAUUCUUCACGGGAGGACGCUGACUUCUCCAGUAGAGCUCAUCAAAUGCUUGAGGUCCAUUAGAGAGUAUGCUUUUUGUGCAUCACCAUAUCCCCUUGUGAUAACUCUGGAGGACCACCUUACACCAGAUCUUCAGGCUAAAGUAGCUGAGAUGGCCGCUCAAACUUUUGGAGACAUGCUUUAUUACCCUGAGAAAGAUUCUCUUAAGGAAUUUCCUUCUCCAGAUUCUCUAAAGAAUAAGAUCAUUAUUUCAACAAAACCACCCAAGGAGUACCUCAAAUCUAAGAAUUCUAAGGAGAACGACGCUCAAAAGGGAAAUUAUACAUCUGAUGAAGAAACAUGGGAUAAGGAGGUUACAAUUCAAAAAUCUGAACUUGAAUCUGAUGACAAGAAUGAAGAUGAACAGAAUGAUCAGGAGGACCGGGAUGAGGAAGAUUCUGAUGAUGAUGAUGACGACGACGAUGACCAAAGCUUCCAGCAAAAUUCAGCACCUGAGUACAAACGCUUGAUCGCUAUUCAUGCUGGGAAGCCUAAAGGUCCGUUGAGAGAUGCACUAAAGGUGGAUCUUGAUAAAGUAAAGCGUCUUAGUUUGAGUGAGCAACAGUUUGCAAAGGCAGCAGCAUCACAUGGGACUGAUAUAGUAAGGUUCACUCAGCAGAAUCUGCUCAGAAUAUACCCAAAGGGUACCCGUUUUACCUCUUCUAAUUACAAACCAUUGGUUGGAUGGAUGCAUGGUGCACAGAUGGUUGCAUUUAAUAUGCAGGGAUAUGGAAGGUCUCUAUGGUUGAUGCAUGGAUUUUUUAGAGCAAAUGGAGGCUGUGGUUAUAUAAAAAAGGCUGAUUUCUUGUUAAAGGCUGGUCUAGAUGGCCAGGCGUUUGACCCCAAAAAAACUUUUCCUGUGAAGAAAACCUUGAAGGUUAAAGUAUACAUGGGGGAUGGAUGGAGGAUGGAUUUUAAGCAGACACACUUCGAUGCAUAUUCCCCUCCAGAUUUCUAUACGAAGGUAGGGAUAGCUGGAGUGCCAGCUGAUACUGUAACGAAGAAAACUAGAACUAUUGAAGAUGAUUGGACACCAGUCUGGGAUGAGGAAUUCAGCUUCCCAUUAACUGUUCCAGAACUGGCUCUGCUGAGGGUCGAAGUUCAUGAGUAUGACUUUUCUGAGAAGGAUGACUUCGGUGGACAAACCUGCCUUCCGGUAUCGGAGUUGAGGUCAGGGAUCCGAGCAGUUCCACUCUAUGACCGCAAGGGAAUGAAGUUCAAAUCUGUGAAGUUGCUCAUGCGAUUUGAGUCUGUCUGAGACUGCAGCAGAAGCUUGGUUUUGUUGGAACUUCAAUAGCCUUGGAAUAGUUUGUGCUGUGUUGUAACUUAUUUGGUAGGCUGCAGAACCAAUAGCUUUUGAUCUUGCAGUAGGCUCUGUAUUUUAAGUUGUGCUCCUACAAUUUGGUAUACCUCUGUAGGUCAACUUUUAGCGUCGUUAUUUAGAUCUCCCGUACUUAUUAAAUUAAGAUUUUUCUGUUUUUUGCUGAACU